AUGCAUCCCCACCUUCGACCUCUCUUGGUCGCGCUUACUAGUAGCUUUGCCUUGCAGAACUUUGCCGCGGCAGCGUUGACCACCCCGAGAGCCAUUCACUCAAAGGAUACUAUGUUCAUUUCCAACAUUCGAGCUAGCCCUGAUGGGUUUGAACGACCUGUCAUCGCUGUCAAUGGACAUCACCCAGCCCUCUUGAUCAAGGCGAAGAAGGGCGACGAGUUUGAGCUUACAGUCGCCAAUCACCUAACAGAAGAGACCAUGCUUCGUCAAACUAGCAUUCACGGCAUCUUCCAACAUAAAUCCUCCUGGGCCGAUGGACCAGAAGGCGUCACCCAGUGCCCUGUCGCGCAAUUCGGCAACUCAUUCACUUACAAGUUCAAUGCUGGGAACGAAACCGGCACCUACUGGUACCACUCCCAUUUCGCUCCGCUGAUCUUGAGCGUGACGGCAGAAACCCAAUAUUGCGAUGGCCUGAGAGGGCCCUUGGUCAUAUACGACGAUAACGACCCGUACAGGAAUGAUUACGACGGUGGGCAUAUUCUUAUCUGUUCCAUUAUUUCUGUUCAACCUGUAUUCCCCGCAGUCGACAACGAAGACACGAUCAUCACGCUCGCCGACUGGUAUCACCUUCAGGCACCGUCUAUCAACACAACCAUUGCCCCACCUGUGAAUGCAACUCUGAUCAACGGGAAAGGGCGACAGCCUGUCAAGCCCGAUAGUCCGCUUGCCAUCGUGAACGUGAAGCAAGGCAAGAGGUAUAGAUUCCGCAUCCUCUCCUUGUCCUGCGACCCGAACUACAAUUUCUCCAUCGACGGACACGACCUCACCGUCAUCGAAGCCGACGGGCAGCUUACCAGAAAGCUUGUCGUGCAAAGACUCCAGAUUCCGAUGACCAGGGGUGAACUACUAACCCUUCUCGUGUUCAGCAUCCGUUCCAUUUGCGCGGGACACGCGUUCAGCGUUAUCCAGAGUGCAGGGAGCCCCAAUAAGAACUAUAUCGACCCUGUUCGUCGCGACGUAGUCAGCAUCGGAGAUCCAGACAGAAAGGAGAACGUGACCAUCCGGUUCGUCACUGAUAACCCAGGUCCUUGGUUCUUCCACUGCCACAUCGAGUUCCAUCUGUCCGGUGGCCUUGGUGCUGUUUUCGUCGAGGAUCAGAAGGACAUCAAGUCAAGCGACCGCGCUCCCCCUCCGAGCUGGUCUGAAUUGUGCCCAACUUUCGAUGCGCUACCCACGAACGCAACCUUCGUCUCCACGGUCGCUACACCCACUGCGCCUACAGCUCCAACCAACAUUCCCUUCUAG